AUGUAUUACCGUUAUACAUGCAUUAAUAAACGGAAUGAGAGAUAUGUGCAUUUAGAAGCUUAUCAGUUAAUCGAACCAUUAGUUGGGCUAUUGAGAGAUCCCUUGACAAUAUGUGCCCGACUGAACGCUAGCUUGGUACCUCCAGAAUUAUAUCUGGAUGGAAUGGAAUCAAUACAAUCGAGACGGUUUUUACUAAUGAGUCCAUCAGCUCCAACUGUAAUCAAUCCUUUGAUCGGUGUGGCAGACCCCGAGAUGGUGUUUAGACCGUGGGAAUUUUAUGACGCAGAUUACAUAUCCAACUUGGCGAUCUCUAAGACCAUCCUUUUCGAUCUGGGCAGUUCUUACUUUGCAAGUUGGAAGUCAAAUACUGCUGCUGGUAGUACAAAAUGGUUUUACGAAUACUUGAAACAUAGAUCUAUUAAACCUGAUCGUAUUAUUGCGUUUGAACAAGCUGCAUUGAUUACUCAAACAGCAUGGGAACAAUUGCCAGAUGAUGUAUUCCCUAUUUACACAUUAAUCAAUGUUGGUUGUUCCUCGCAAAAUAAUAAGUUUAAUCCCUGGAAAACACUCUUAGCUAUCGCAAAGCCUCAAGACUAUGUGAUUAUUAAAUUAGAUAUUGAUACGAGUAGCAUCGAAUUACCGUUAGUCGAACAAAUUAUCAGAAAUACAAACAUUUCUUCUUUAAUCGAUGAGAUGUUUUUUGAACAUCACGUCACAGUGAACGAGAUGAAAGGAUCUUGGGGAGAGCCUCCAGGUACAUUGAAAGACAGCUAUCGAAAUUUUACGUUACUAAGACGAAAAGGAAUUCGCAUGCAUUCAUGGCCUUGA